GCGGGGGCGCCCCCACCCCCGGCCCUGCCCCGCCGCCAGCCGUCGCGGCGCAGGGCGCGGGCUGCCGCCGUCCCGGGGCGGGGGCUGGGCUCUGCCCUCUCUCCGAGCGCGGGGAGCAGGCAGCGGCGGGAAGGCAGCGGCGGGCGCCCGUCUCCCGCCCGGCCGGCCGGCAGCCAUGCGGAGCGGCAGCGGGGGCGCGGGCGCGGCGCGGGGGGCUGCCCGCUGGGCCGCCCCGCUGCUGCUGCUCUGGCACUGCCUGCCCGCGGCGCGGCCCUACAACCUGGACACGGAGCACCCGCUGCUCUUCCAGGGCGGCAACGGGACCCUCUUCGGCUACUCGGUCCUCCUGCACCGCCACGGCGAGGACAGCUGGCUCGUCGCGGGAGCCCCCCGAGCGAGCUGGCCUGCCAACAGCUCCGUGGCCAACCCCGGUGCCAUUUUCCGCUGCCGGAUCGGGAGGAACCCCCGCGGGCGGUGCGAGCAGCUCCAGCUGGGCAACCCAAGUGGAGAGCGCUGUGGAAAGACUUGUUUGGAAGAGCGUGAUAAUCAGUGGUUGGGUGUCAGCUUAUCAAGGCAGCCGAAAGAAAAUGGAUCUAUUGUUGCUUGUGGACAUAGAUGGAAAAAUAUCUUUUACAUAAAAAGUGAACACAAACUCCCUUAUGGUAUUUGUUUUGCCAUCUCUUCUGAUUUUCGAACUGAGCUGAGUAGAAGAAUAUGCCCAUGCUAUAUAGAUCACGUGCGAAAGUUUGGAGAAAACCAUGGGUCAUGCCAGGCUGGAAUGUCUAGUUUUUACAUUGAGGACUUAAUUAUAAUGGGAGCCCCGGGAUCGUUUUAUUGGACUGGUUCUAUUUUUGUAUACAAUACAACUGCAAAUACAAUCCAUGCUUAUGCAGAUUCAAAUAACCAAGUGAAAUUUGGCAGUUAUCUAGGAUACUCUGUUGGAGCUGGGCAUUUUUUGACGUCGGCUAGUACAGAAGUUAUUGGAGGGGCUCCCCAACAGGAGCAGACUGGUAAAGCAUACAUUUUUAGCAUUGAGAAGCAACUAAAUAUUCUAUUUGAACUAAAGGGUAAAAAGCUUGGUUCUUACUUUGGAGCUGCAGUUUGUGCUGUGGACCUGAAUUCAGAUGGCCUUUCAGACUUGCUAGUUGGUGCUCCAAUGCAAAGCACCAUUAGAGAAGAAGGAAGAGUUUAUGUUUACAUCAAUUCAGGUUCUGAGGCAAAGAUGGUAGAACUAGACCUAGAGCUCAGUGGGAGUGACUCAUAUGCAGCCAGGUUUGGAGAAUCCAUAGCCAAUCUAGGAGACAUUGACAAUGAUGGUUUUGAAGAUGUAGCAAUUGGGGCUCCGCAGGAAGAUAAUCUAAAAGGAGUUAUUUAUAUAUAUAAUGGCAGGGAAGAUGGAAUAACUCCAUCGUUUUCACAGAGAAUACAAGGACAUCAUGUCAGUAGUGCUUUAAGCAUGUUUGGACAAUCCAUAGCAAGUGGCAUUGAUGCAGAUAACAAUGGUUAUCAAGAUGUAGCAGUUGGUGCAUUUCUCUCCAAUUCUGCUGUGCUGCUGAGAACAAAACCGGUGAUAAUUGUUGAGGCUUCUUUAAAACACCCUGAUUCAAUAAAUCGAACUAAUUUAAACUGCAUGGAAAAUGACCAGCCUGCCACCUGUAUGAAUUUAAAGAUAUGCUUUACGUAUACAGGACGAGAGGUACCAGGCUAUAUUGUUUUGUUUUAUAAUCUGAGUGUGGAUGUGAACAGAAAAGUGGAUACACAAGCAAGAUUUUAUUUUUCUUCCAAUGGAACAUCUGAUACAACCUCUGGAAAUAUAAAGAUUUAUAGCAAGAACAUUGCCUGCAAAGAUCAUCCAGCAUUUAUGAGGAAAGAUGUAAGGGAUAUCUUGACUCCUAUACAUGUUGAAGCAAGUUAUCAUCUGGGGCAUCAUAUGCUACAGAAAAGAAGCAGCGAAGAAUUUUCACCACUUCAACCAGUUCUUCAAAGGAGAAAAGAAAAAGAUGUUAUAAAAAGCAAGUUCGUUUUUGCAAGGCUUUGCUCCCAAGAAAAUUGUUCUGCUGACUUGAGAGUUUCUGGAAAAGUUGCUUUUCCAAAGCCUAACGAUAAGAAAACGUAUCUCGCUGUUGGAAGUACGAAGACGUUGUUGUUGAAUGUUUCUCUCCUCAAUACUGGAGAUGAUGCAUAUGAAACUGUCCUCCACAUUCAAAUCCCUAAAGGUCUUUAUUUCAUCAGAGUUUUAGAACUGGAAGAAAAACAGAUACAUUGUGAUGUAUUAGAUAAAGAAAUUCAUGCAGUGAAACUUGAGUGCAGCAUUGGCUAUUUAUAUGUAGAUCAAAAAUCAAAGCUGGAUUUUAGUUUCUUCUUGGAUGCAAGCUCAUUUACCAGAGCAGAAGACGACCUCAACAUCAUCAUUAAUGCUACCUGUAAAAAUGAAGAUGUGAACACAUUGCUGGAUAACACUCUGACUUUAGCUGUGCCUCUAAAAUAUGAGAUUGAGUUAAAUGCUCAUGGAUUUGUUACACCAGCUUCAUUUGUUUAUGGAACAAAUGAGAAAGAUGCACCAGUUACUUGCAUGAAGGAGAACAUCAGCUUCACUUUCCAUGUUAUCAGUGCAGGACCAAGCAUGGCUCCAAAUAUAAACUUGGAGAUAAUGGUACCUAAUGCCUUUCCACCCAACAACUUCAAAUUAUUCAACUUGCUGGAUAUCAAGACAACUAUUGGACAAUGUUCCUAUAAUAAAUAUCCUAGAAGUUGUAAUGCAGCAGAGAAAAAUGAAAACAUAUUAAAGGAUCUUGUCACUUUCUUUUCAAAGCCUGAUAAGAGACAAAUGUACUGCAUGAAAAAUGACAGUCUUUGUUUACAAAUAUACUGCAAGCUUGGCAACAUGGAAAGUGGAAAAGAAGCAACUGUUCAGUUACAUCUGGAGGCUACUCCUUCACUUUUAGAAAUGGAUGAUGCAUCAGCAUUGAAGUUUGAAGUAAGAGCAACAGCAUCACCAGAAAAAAAUGGAAAAGUUAUUGAACUACGCAAGGACAAGCAAGCUGCAUAUGUAUACUUAGAAGGAGUGCACCACCAAAAGCCAAAAUACCGUGUUACUGUCCUGAUUAUUGGGAUAGGCUUAAUAGUUGGUGUUACCUUGUUCUUGCUUCUUUCAUUUAUAUUAUGGAAGAUUGGCUUCUUCAAAAGGCAAUACAAACCAGUCCCUCAAGACCAGAACAGAAGAGACAGCUGGAGUUUUACAAGUGGGAAUAAAGAGGACUAAAGAUGGCAAAUAAAAGCUCUUUUCAAAUGAAGAAUUUAAGGUUCAGGUUAAUUCACAUGAGGAACAUCAAUGACAAGAAAACUGGUUGUGAGCAUACUCGCUCUUAGAAAAUACAUUUUAUUUCCCUGACGUGUGUGGAAGACUACACCUUAAUGUACAGUUAUUUUUCUAACAUGAAAAUGUAAAACAGUUUUUCCAUUGAAGUCUUAAAGUAGUAUUUGAAAUGACAUAUAUCAUCUCUGGUUUCAGACAGACAGAAGAACACUAAAGAUAAAGAGAAGAAUAAAUACUUACCAGAAAGAAGAGUUCUUGCAAAGUGUUAAAACUUGUCCAAUCCUGGACAAUGAGAUCUCAACCAUAUUAGCACAAGUAAUUCUAUUAGUUUUCAAGUUGCAGUAAUCUUUUGAUUAGACAUUCAAGAAGAAAUCCUCCCUCAUCUUGCUUUGGCAAUUUAACAAGGGUAGAAAUAGCUUAAACAGAGAGGGAGACCAUAUGUAGAGUGCACACAUUUAGAAGACUGCUAUCAGAAGUUCUCUUGGCCUUCUGAAGGUAACAUCACAAGCUUUGGUUUCACAGGCACACCCAUGACUGCGGAGAUUUAGACACCCAGGCAAUCCAAAGCCAGUAAGGCUGUUAAGGAAAGUGGUAGAUUUAAAGCAGGGAAUUCUGUGUUGCAGCUUGGAGGUGCAGCACAGAAUCCUACCUCAAAUGUAGAGAAAGUAACUUCUUGGAGAUUAUAAUUUUUAGUCAUCUUUAGCAUAGUAUGUGCGAAAGUGGCAGAAUUAGUUGUUUCUGCCUUUCCUCAAAUAUCAGCGUCAUGAUGUUUUGGACUUCUUUAUUGAAAGCUUUCCAUGUGAGUUUUUUUUUUUUAAGCAAGUAUUUAUUUUUAUUUAUUUGAAGAUUUCUUUAUAAUGUUUAGCAUGGUAGUAUUUAGUACUGUUAUUCUUCCAGAACCUGAAACCCUUACUGGGCCAAAUUUUAUCUUUAGAUGUGCCACAAGCUACCUGAAAGUAUUUAAGUAAGUCAUUUGGAGAGCUAUCUUGGGUUCUUUGUAAGUGUUUUCAAAUAAUCAUCAUCCAAACUGGCAGCCACAGCAGCCACUCAGUGGAAAGGCAAAGGACUGAAUAGAAACAUGGUCCAAACCAUUGCUCUGCUAUUACAGGAAGUUUCUUCAGCUAGGUAAGUUUGCACUGCCACCUAGCUUUGGUGAAACAAUACAAGUAACAGGGAAAAAAAAUGGGUUUGUUCGCCAGUACAACUGGAGCAUGUACAGCUUCAUCAAUAACUGAAUUCAUUGCAACAGCAGCUUGAUCUAUGGCCUUUAUUGCCUUAUCUUUGAUGUCUUUCCAAAUUGUGUGGAGAAAUGAAUGUAAUAUAUGCAUACAUUUUGAAGCUGCAUCAUAUAGGAAUUAGCCUGUGACUCAAAAGCGAUACAGAGUGCCUUCAACAACCAGUUCUGCUAAUAGAGUAUAUCUGGUGCCAUAAAAGCCACAUUGUCCAAAGAUUCGAGGUAUC